UUACCCAUCUCCCCCACCACCUCAACCUUCGCCGCCCCCACCACCGCAUUCACCACCCCCGCCACCUAAUUCACCGCCACCACCUGUUUAUCAGUAUCCAUCACCUCCACCUCCACUGUACUCGCCGCCUCCACCACCCAAUUCACCUCCUCCUCCACCUCCAUGCAUUGAGCCACCACCGCCACCAUCACCACCUCCAUGCAUAGAACCUCCACCGCCACCGUCAUCACCACCACCGGUAUAUUACAUGCCGCCAUCUCCCUCGCCACCGCUACCGUCACCACCUCCACCACCACCAGUCCACUGUGAGCCUCCGCCAUCACCUUCCCCUCCGCCACCUUCGCCGCCUUCUCAUUAUGCAUCACCACCACCCCCCUCUCCGCCACCUUCGCCCCCCUACCAUUAUCAGUCACCGCCCCCGCCUAUGCCUUCACCUCCACCACCCUCAAUACCCUGUGAAACUCCACCACCACCACCACCACCUCCUCCCCCUCCACCCCCUAAACCCUGUGAAACUCCACCACCACCACCUUCCUCCCCCGCACCCUCCCCUCUGUACCAAGGCCCAUUGCCACCUGUUAUUGGAAUCUCAUACGCAUCGCCACCUCCUCCUCCGUUCUAUUAAUUCUUUUGAGAAUUGUCCUCCUCACCCUCCUUUCACCCUCCAUUAAUAGAGAAGGAAGAAAGCAUUUCAUUCAUUUUGGAUUCUUGUCAUGCUUGUGGUCCAUUGAAUUCUCCAUUGUUUUUGUCCCUCUCGCUCCCUUUGUUGUCAACUUCCCUCCAAUGGAAGGGAAAGAAAAAGGAGACAAUUUACAUAAGACAAAGCAUUCAUCAUGGUGAUGAAGAAUAGAUGGAGAGGACAUGGAAAAGGGAGGAACAGGGAAUUUUGGGGAAUCUCUCCAAAUUAAUUUGGGUUGUGAAUAAAUGGUUGAGAGAGACAAAGAGAACAUCAGAAUAGAUGGCAGGGAUAAUGAAUGUAUAGAGAGCAUGAGAUUCAAGAACAAGUAGAUCAAAUUGUGGGUAUUGUCCUCUUCUAUUAUACUUUGUUCUUCAUUUAUAUAUGUUGAUCAUUACUUA